AUGGAAGAAGCCUGGCUGCCUGAAGCCACCAUCCUGGAGACACCACUGAAGAGACCAUGGGGGCACAUCCAGGUGCUGACAGAUGAGGGAAGAAGACUUUGCGAUGACCCCAGCUCGGCACUGUCUCACUGCAACCUCAUGACAAACGGAGCUGCCACUGCUGUCUCCAGUGCACAGCUGCAGACACUGAGGCUGAGACAGGUGUGGGCCCCACCCCCUGCCAGGAGCGGCCACACGCCUGCUUUGAUGUUCUCAGUCCCCCGGAUGAGCGCCUCAUUCACCGCUGGCCCCGAGCAGCCUGCCCAGUUCAAAACUCCACUAGGAUUCGGGGGAAAGCAAGGGAGAGAAACAAUACCAAAGUCCAACCUGGAGGCCACACUGGGAGAACAAGCGGGAGAGAGAACUAUGCUACUGGGCAUCCUCCUCAUGCUGGCCACCAUUACUGUGGCACAAUGGAAGGGACAGGAAGUGGGGGGGCACCACUGGAUAAACCAAAUCCAGCAUGGCCAGUGCAGCUACACCUUCGUGCUGCCCGAGCCUCAGCCCUGCUUGCCAGAGCCUGAGGACUCAGGGGGCUCUAAAAGCCUCCCGAGGGACUCCCAGGACCCUGGGCUGCACCCUGGGGAUGGACAGGCCCAGCGAGUGCGACAGCUGGAGCAGGUGCUGGAGAACAACACGCAGUGGCUACAGAAGCUGGAGAGAUAUAUCAAGAUGAACUUGACGUCACAGCUGGCGCAGGCCCAGGAGCACAUGGUCCAGAACGAGACUGUCACCAUGCCAGACUUGGGCCCCAGCCUCUUGAACCAUGCCACGGCCCAGACCCACAAACUGACCAACAUGGAAGCUCAGGUCCUAAACCUGACAUCGCAAAUGAAGAACCAGGUGCUGGAGAACUCACUGUCCACCAACAAGCUGGAGAGGCAGCUGCUCCUGCAGGGCCGAGACCUCUACCACCUGCGAGGCCACAACAGCGACCUAGAGACACGACUGCAGGCCAUGGAGACGCAGCAUCAGGCCGAGCUUGACAGCCUCCGCAUCCAGAAGGAGCAGCUGCAGCACCUACUGAGCCUCCAGAGUAGCACACUUGCCAGCCUGCAGCACUCCCUGCACGCCUACCGUAGCAACGCCAGUCUCCUGCACACCCGGCAGCUCCAGCUGCUGAAGACUGUGCAGCGCCUUGAGGGCUUCCUGGCUCAAGGCCCUGGCCCUGUGAGGGCGGCUGAGCAGGUGUUCCAGGACUGUGCAGAGAUCCGGAACUUUGGGGCCAGUGCCAGUGGCGUCUACACCAUCCAUGUGGCCAAUAUGACGGAGCCCAGGAAGGUGUUCUGUGACAUGGAGGCCAGUGGAGGCGGGUGGACCCUCAUCCAGCGCCGUGCGAAUGGCAGUGUGAGUUUCCAGCGGAACUGGGAGGAUUACAAACAGGGCUUCGGAGACCCGGCCUGGGAGCACUGGCUGGGCAAUGAGGUGGUACACCAGCUCACCAGCGGGGCAGCCUACUCUCUGCGUGUGGAGCUGCAAGACUGGGAAGGCCGAGAGGCCUUCGCCCAGUAUGAGAGUUUCCAGCUGGGCAGCGAAGGGCAGCUGUACAGGAUUUCUCUGAGCGGGUACAGAGGUUCAACGGAGAAGCAAAGCAAUCUGUUUCUGAUCAAUGCCUACUUCAGCACCCACAACAAAGACAACGAUAAUUGCAACUGCAACUGUGCUCUGAUGCUCUCUGGAGGGUGGUGGUUUGACGCCUGCGGCCUCUCCAACCUCAAUGGCAUCUAUUAUAAGAAGGGUCACCACACAGGCAAGAUCAAUGGCAUCCGCUGGUUCUCCUUCCGGGGCUCCAGCUACUCGCUGCGUGCCACUCGCAUGAUGAUUCGUCGCGUGGGCGUCUAG